AUGCAAUGUAAUACUGUAUUGAAAUAUCAAGAUAUAACGUGUAUUAAAAAUUGUGAGCGAGAUGGAUCAGAAAAAAAACAUUUUGAACAACCAGUUUGGCGAACUUUAAAUAUGUUUAUUGGUGAAACCCUAUGUUUUAUUGCUGUUUAUGUGAUGUUGAUAUGGGAAUUACGUAAAAACAGAGGUUCGAUGAAUGAACCAUCAUCAACAAAAUUUAAUGAAUCUAUUGCAACCACCACUAUUGAAUCACAACCCACCCAUCGUUCAUACAGCCAGGCACUUCGUGACAAGUUUCCUAAAACUAGUUUAAAAACUGGCUUAAAAACUGGUCUAAAGAUUAGUUCAAAGAUCGGUUUAAAGAUUAGUUCAAAGAUCAGUCUAAAUAUUGGUCUAAAAACUGAUCUAAAGAUUGGUCUAAAGAUCAAUCCAAAUAUUGGUCUAAAGACCAAUCUAAAGAUUGGUCUAAAGAUUAAUCCAAAGAUUGGUCUAAAGACCAAUCUAAAGAUUGGUCUAAAGAUUGAUAGUCUAAAGGCUAAUUUAAAAAUUGAUCUAAAAACUGGUCUAAAGACUAAUAUAAAGACUAGUUUAAAGAUUGAUCUAAAGACUAGUCUAAACACCUAUCUAAAAACUAAUCAAAGACUGAUCUAA